AUGGCAAGCAACAGAGACGACCCACUUUCAUAUACCAACAACCCUUCAUCAUCUUCCUCUCCAAUAACAGUUUCUGAUCAUUUGGACGCCUCUUUCCUCACUGACCCUUCAAGCUCUCUCCUUGGCAGUGCGUCCAAUAGCUAUCAAAACGACUCUGGUUUCCUCAAUGAAACUUCUGCAAGCAGUAGCAAUGAUGCAGAGUUUGGAUUCUCUAGAUCUGAUUUCAGACAAAGCCCACUCGCUGGGACUGUACAAUUGUAUCACCGCCACGUCUUCUUGUGUUACAAGAACCCUUCUGUUUGGCCACCUAGGAUUGAGGCUGCUGAGUUUGAUCGCUUGCCUAGGUUGCUCUCUGCUGCUGUCAUGGCUAGGAAAGGAGAUAUGAGGAAAGAGACUCGCUUAACAAUAUGUGAGGGGCAUGAUGGAACUGAGACAUCAAAUGGAGAUGUGUUAAUCUUCCCAGAUAUGAUCAGAUACAGGAGAUUGACACAUUUUGAUGUUGACACAUUUGUUGAGGAAGUGCUUGUGAAGGAUGGUGAAUGGUUGCCCGGGACUCCAGAAAAACUAAAGGGUUCUUAUGUUUUUGUAUGUUCUCAUGGGUCCCGAGAUCGUCGUUGUGGUGUCUGUGGACCUGCUUUAGUUAGUAGAUUCAAAGAGGAGAUAGAAUUGCAUGGUCUACAAGGUAAAAUAUCCGUUAGCCCAUGUUCUCACAUUGGGGGGCAUAAAUAUGCAGGAAAUGUCAUUAUAUUUGGAUCAAGCAUCAAUGGAGCUGUCACUGGACACUGGUAUGGGUAUGUUUCCCCAGAUGACAUAUCAUUGUUACUUGAGCAGCAUAUUGGGAAGGGAGAGAUUGUAGACUGGCUAUGGAGGGGCCAGAUGGGUUUAUCAGAAGAAGAACAGAUUAAAUCCCAAGAACUAAGGCUCCAACUAAAUGGUGGGACUGUAGAAAACAGUAAAGAGACCACCCAAAGACAAAUAGAUGAAGCAAACACUGGGCCAAGUACGUCUGAAGUCGUUGCUACAGGCUGUUGUCAGCAAAACGGAAGUUCAUCCUGUUGCGAAGACCCUGUCUCACCAGAGGACAGUGUAGAUGGCAAUGAGAGGAUAACCAAGGUGACAGCUGAAAAGAAGAAGAGCAGCAAGAAACUACUAUCCCGGACCAACAGCAGUAAGGGGUCAUCUGCACGAAAGGUUUGUGCUAUGCCUACUUGGUUUGAGAACUGGGAGCUGGAAGACACAUAUGCAGCUCUUGCUGUUGUUUGUGCAGUAGCGUCAGUUGCUGUUGCUUACAAGUGCUAUAGACAGUUGUGA